CUCCACUCUAACCGCAAUGACAUGCAUCUUGCAGCUUCAUCUUUGGGGCACAUCCACUGUGUUGUGAUGAUGCAUCUGUAGAGAGCAGAAACAAACAGACAAGCAGAGCAUUGAAAUAUCAACAACCGAGGAGACACAGGGCGCACAGUAAUCCAAAACUUAGCCCGGGUAAGCCGCCGCGCAAUGAUUAUUCGAUAGCGGAGCAGCAGAGACACGGCUGGGCAUAACAUCCAUCCAUGUGUAAUCUCACUAAUUGGGCCAAGUAUAAAACCGACGGGAAUCACAUGUCCUCAGCUUAUUCACUCACUCAGCAUCAAUCUCAAGUAUUUCCAAACAAACAAAGCAUCUAAACUUCAAAAAACAUCUCAAAAUGGCCAGCUGGCAGGCAUAUGUCGCUUCGUGGAUGGUGUGGUGGAGGUUCAAGGGCUCCCUUCAAACCGUCAAGGCCCUUCGCCAGCGCAUUGAAACCGAUCGCCAAACCAAGAGCACGCGGCCCCCAGCGCAUCUGGAAACGCAGUUCACCAUCGAGGAGCGCCAUCUCGGAGGCUGCACCCUGUAUGAUGUAGCGCCCAAGUCUGAGAUGCCGAACCAGGCACGGAUUCUUUACCUCCAUGGCGGCUGUAAUUUGUUUGAGAUUGAUGCCGCACAUUGGCAGAUGGUGGCGGCGCUGGCGGAGCGGCUGCGAGCCGUUGUAACGGUAGCGAUAUUCCCGCUGGCACCAGAACAUACCCUGAUGGAGAUUUUCGAUGCGGUAAGGCCGGUCUAUGAUGAUCUUGCUUUGCCGUCGCAGGAUAAGACGCCGUUCUUCGUGGUGGGAGAUUCGACGGGCGGCAGCAUGGGCAUCUCGCUCACCCAGGAGGCGCUCAAAUCAGGACGGCCAGCGGCAUCUCGACUCGCAUUCAUGUCUCCCUGCGUCGAAUUUACCUUUCAUAACCCAGAGGUACGGCAAGCCGCCCAGACAGACCCGUGGCUGGAUAUCCCGGGCUUUGAGGAGGCGGUGCGGUAUCUUUGCCCGGAUGUGUCGCCGGAUGAUGCGCGAGUGAGCCCUCUUUAUGGAGAUGUUAGCCAGCUGCCGCCGACGAUGAUAUUUGCCGGAUCAACGGAGAUGUUGACGCCGGAUAUCAGGAAGUUUGUGGCCAAAGUAAGGGAGCAGGGACGAGAGAUUGAGUAUGUCGAGGGAGAGGGCAUGAUGCAUGUCUGGCCGUUGGUGCAGUUUCUGCCAGAGGCGAGAGAGGCCGUGGAUAAACUGGUGCGCUGGCUAGAGUACGGCAAGAGUUAAUAAUGAGGCUAAGAGGAGGAGUAUCUUGGAUUGUUGUGAGGUUGGUGACCAGGGUAAGUAGAUGAUCAAAGAAGCGGGUUUGGGAAUUUGCACUUUUUUAUUUUGCAUCAGAGGAUUUGGUAAUGAUUUGGAUAUACCUAUAUGUACCUAGAAUGAUCUAUAGCCGCGUGGAUGUUAGCAGACGAACAGAAUAAUGCCGUGUUCAAUAUUGAAAUGGACAAGAAAAAUCAUAAUUGGUA